AAUUUAGUAUUUAUUGAUCACGAGUGGCGAUCGGAUGUGAAUCUUGGAUUCCCUCUUAAAAUAAAUAAAUAUGCAAAUCUGUCACAAACUGUUCGCUGUACUUCUCUUAAUUGUGUCAAUAUGGAAAGUGAGUUCUGGCAGUAUAAAAUCUAAUGGGGAAGAUCAACAAAAUGAGAUUAUCGCUGGCAAAACGGUUGACACAGAAGAGAAAAUCAAGUUUUUAGUAAAUCGAAUAACUAAAGCUAAUCAACAACUCGAAGAUUACAAAGAAAUUAUCAAAAAUUUACAAAAUGAAGUUAGCAAACAGCAGGAGGAAAACGAAAAGUUAAAGUCACAACUUCAGAAAAAUACAAAUGAAUUAAAAUACACCGAAGAUGAACUGGGUCAAUGUCAAAGAAAUUAUACGGUUUUCUUGAAACUGUUUAAGGAAGAGUGGGAUGCCUAUGAAGAUGACCAGGAAAGAAUAUUUGAAACAUGUCAAAAAUAUUUGGAAGCACACAAGACUCUAAGAGAAAAAUCGGAGAAUAAUCACAAACUGUUGGAAACAAAUUUCGAAUCACUUAGAAAUGAGACUUCUUAUAAGGAUGCAACUAUUAACGAAUUGAAAAAAGGUUUAGCUGAGUGUGAAUUGAGAUAUAAGGAACAGAAUCAGACUAAUAAAGAUGAAGUUGCAUCAAACAAUUCCACUUCAAAGAAUGCAGAUAUAUCUGAAUCAACCACUAUCUCUAAAAGUCUUCCAAGCUCUUGUGUAAACAUGACGGCUGGUAUUCAAGAGAUACAAAUUGGAAAUGCAAAACCUUUUAAGGCGAUGUGCGAUGGUGAUGGUUGGAUGAUUAUUCAGCGACGAAUUAAUGGAACUGAAGACUUUAAUAGGACCUGGAAGGAAUACGAGGAUGGAUUUGGAGACUUAAAUGAGGAGUUUUGGUUUGGAUUGGAGAAAAUACAUCUCGCUACGAAUUCCACACGUCAGAGGUUAAACAUGACUAUAAGAUCUGGGUGGGGAGCGGAUCCAUUUGUCAUUCACUUUGAUGACUUUAGGAUUGGAAAUUCGGAAUCCUUUUAUAAAUUGGAAUCAAUCGGAAAUUACACGGAAGAUUGGCACACGAGAAAUGAAACUUUGCUCAAAAAUAAUGUUAACAAUGCAUUUUCAACAUAUGAUGCAAAUCAUAAUGGAAAUCCUGAACUAAAUUGCGCCAGUUAUGGCGCGGGUGGUUUUUGGUUUAGUUUCGACUGCUUGGAUUAUAACAUGAAUGAACCAACCGAUGGUUAUUGGACCACAGUUCUGAGGAUACGCCCAUACACUGAUUGAUUUUUCCAUUUUUCGAUGUAUCAUCAUUCUUAAUAUUACUUUUUAGUUGAAUUUCAUUUUCGAUUGCCAACAUAUUUAAUUUUUGUAACGCUGUUAACUACUUAUUUAUUUAUUGUCAUCAAAUAUAUAACCUUAAAAUUUAAGUAAAUACAUUUUA